AUGACAACGCAAUACUUCUUACCAGGUGAGGUCAAUCCCAUUCAGGCUAAUAAGAAGGACCUGUGCCGGGGUUCUGAUAUCUGCUUCACGUUGGGGUUGGCCCACGUGUCUGGCAUGGGUAAUAGGAAGCGAAGCUGUAGCAUCAACGAAGACAACGGCCUUGCUGUUGGGUUCACCGUGGCGCACGAGAUGGGACACAACUUUGGCAUGCAGCACGACGGCAUUGAUAACCCAUGCUCGUUUGACGAUGACCCGAGUGGCCCAUAUGUGAUGUCUUCACGGGUUCCUAGUGGUCUUACACCCACAGCAUGGUCCUCCUGCAGUAGAGAAUACAUCACUCGUUUCCUAGAUAGUGGACGGGGUAGCUGCCUGGAGGAUACGCCUUCAUCAACACCUUACAAAUAUCCGAAGGUUCUACCGGGUGUCAUGUACUCGGCAGACCAUCAAUGUCGUCUACAGUACGGACCGAAUGCAACUGCCAGUCCCAUGUUUGAAUCUGAUCUCUGUACUACCCUGUGGUGUAGCGUAGGAGUCAUGAAGAGAUCACGCAUGACAGCAGCUGCACAGGGUUCUCGGUGUGGGAAAGACAAGUGGUGUAUAUCUGGAGAGUGUAUCGACAUCGAUGAACAUCCCGUGGUCAUCGAUGGCGGAUGGGGUCCAUGGAGCGAGUACUCUGAGUGUUCCCUGACGUGUGGACGGGCCGUCAAGUCUAAAGAGAGACACUGUAACAACCCAAGUCCAUCUCAUGGAAGAAGAUACUGUGUUGGUGAGAGAAAGAAGUAUACCAUGUGUAAGCUUCAGGAUUGCGUUCAUGAAUCUGUGAGUGUUCGUGCCAUGCAGUGUAGCACCUAUGAUACAAUCCAAUCGAAUGGUACCCAACUCGCAUGGAUUCCAGUCGAUGUCGAAGAUAAACCUUGUGAAUUGUUUUGCAGACGUCGUGAUCAAGCAUUGAUAAAGAAGAAGUCAGUUCACGUGACCAAUGGAACUCCCUGUACUCGCUUCUCACGUGAUAUCUGCAUUGACGGUAUAUGUCAGAUGGUUGGUUGUGAUAAUGUUGUCAGCUCAGGGGCGGUGGAGGACCGAUGCGGUGUAUGCCGCGGGGAUGGGUCAUCCUGCCUUACAAUUCAGGAUAGUUUCAACACGAAGUAUGGACGAGGUUAUGUGGAAAUCACCGUCAUCCCUGCCGGUGCUAGGAACAUCGUGUUGGAUGAAUUGGUCUCUUCCCAAAACUACCUGGCCAUUAGCAAUGCAUCAGGACAUGACCUGCUAAACAUGGAUUGGUAUAUUGAUUGGAGCGGGGAGUAUCAGGCCGCAGGGACCAUUAUCAGCUACGAGAGGAUAGACAACAAAGAACGAGUGGAGAUACUAGGUCCCAUCAGCGAACCGCUGCACAUCUAUCUCAUAUUUCAACGAGCUCAGAACCCUGGCAUAACAUACAAGUAUACCAUGCCGAGAGAAGGAAACCAGACUGCUGUCAUGCCGCAGUUCUUCUCCUGGGUCUUUACCGAUUGGUCCCCGUGUUCUGCAUCCUGUGGCAUUGGUUAUCAGCGUUCGAGUGUGAUCUGCAAAGAGUUGAUAGCCGGACUGGUUGAUGACCGAUACUGUGAAGGCAUAAAACCAGACGACAUGCAGCAGACUUGCAAUGAACAACAGUGCCCUGCCACAUGGUGGGAAGGGCCUUGGCAACACUGCACAGGAAGCUGUGGAGAGGAGGGGCACAGACAGCGAUGCGUCUUCUGCAUACGUGGUUCCACCAACGGCGAACAGACUGUCCUCGAUGACGUCGACUGCCUUAGUCAGGACCAAGAGAAACCCGUCACUGAGACCACAUGUGCGGUUAACCUGCACUGUGAAUCCAAUGACAACUGGCAGACAGGAGAAUGGUCGCAGUGUUCCGUUUCGUGUGGCAGUGGGUGGCAUACCAGGUCUGUUAUCUGCACGAACGUCAUCAAACCUUGCGAUGUUGCAGGAAAGCCCAGCGACAGGAGACCAUGCUUCUUAGAUCAAUGCCCUAGGAGACAAGACUUCUACAACGCUAUGCCGGAGGCUCCUGAAAGCCGCUCCUACGCGGACAAUUCUUCACUAGAACACUCAUCAGCGAGCGUGUCCGCUAGCAGUGACUACCCAGCGAAUUUCGGCGAGUGGGAGAAGAAGAUUGCCAUCCAGAAACACGAAUCGGCGGCUAAUAGCACAAAGCUGCACCCGCCUGUGCCAUCUGAAGAAGCGCCUCAUAAACCUAACUACGAAUUGAACAUUACUACCCAUGACAUUGAUGUCAUAGAAAAAGAGCGCAAGGAUUCUACAAUAAACCAACUUCCUGUUGUGCCGGAUUCUCCGUAUGUAAAUUUUAUCUUAUUCCCAUCUGCCCUGAACGACAAGCAUCCACCGGCUUCAGAUACUGCUACUCGUCUGCAACAUCAGUCUCAAGAGCCUUCGUUUUGGUGGUCAAAACAACCGUGGCAGCCGUGCUCUGUAACUUGUGGCGAUGGUAUCCAACAACGAAUAGUGGAGUGUGUUGAUAGAAUCACCGGCCAGAGGACACCAGGAUGCUCCCAAGAAAAUCAACCCGUUUCAUUGCAGUCUUGUAACUUGGGCAUUUGUCCUCGAGUUUGCAGGAAUACACUCAGCACCACCAUGUGUUUGAUGAUCGUCCAAUCAGGAAGCUGCUCUCAAACACACUUUCGUGAAAGAUGCUGCAGAACCUGCACCGAAGUCAGAUAGCGUUUCCUUUUGCACAUGUAAUCUGUAGAACUUUGGACAGUACUGAAUGUUAUAUGUCUCCAUCCGCGUAUAGUUAGAUAAAAGCGUAAAUAUAAAAACGGCGGCUGAGGAAUUUGAUGAAGUGUGUAAAUGAGUAACAGAGCCAAGACCUUUUGCGAAACAUUAUUUUCAGAUUUGUAAAUUAUUUGUAUGUUUAAUCGUUACCCGUUCAAAAUUUAGAUUUGUUUAUAUAUACUGUUCUUGAGAAUUUUUGUUAUAUAUUAUACUGUUACAAUGCCGCUGUACUGAUUUCUUGUGUGUAGUUACAAGGUUUUCGCGAGAUACCCCCCCCCCCCACAAUAAUCACAUACACA